AUGGAGCAGAUGAUGACUCAGCACGCGGAAGCUCAGGUGCAGGUCAUGGCCCAGAAAGCCGGGGCUCAUCCUCAGAUGAUGACGCAGCACGUCGAGUUUCUUGAGGCGAUGACCGACCAGAUCGUGGAGACUCAAGAUCGGUUCGAGGCUAACGUCCUACCGGCCGUCCAGGCCAUUACCGAUGCCCGCAAGACGCAGCCCGUAGCAGAACCCGGUUUGACAAGUCUAUAG